AUGCCUAGAGACGACCUGUCAAUCGACUUUGUCAAGAGGAUGCCCCAAGGCGAAAGCCUCGACCCCUCCCUGAUCUUGGAUGACUGGAUCAACCGUGUGCAGAACUUGCCCGAGGAAAUCCGGUUCAUUCAAGAUGAAAUCUUGGACAAGGACAGGCAGUAUAAUGACUGCAUAAAGAUCAUUGAGGAUCGUGACAGCCGUAUCCAGAAAUACAUCAAGGCUCACGGAAGCCAUGCAGAAAACCCUAAGGAGGCUAGCCUUCGUGCCACAAUCCGGGAAAACUAUGCUAUAGCUGAUCGAAUUGCCGGCGAGAAGGUGGCCCUUUCCGAGAGGAUGAAGUUGAUCAUGGACAAACAUGUUCGCGAGCUGGACAAGCAGCUCAAGAUUCUCACUGAUAGAAACGAACCCGGCUUUACCGACCCUGACGAACUCCCAUCCCUCCUUCGCCCGAACGCAAACCCACCACCGUCAACCUCUCGAGUGUCCCUUACCGUCAAUACCAACAUUCCCCACAGCCAAAGUCAGAACUCGGCUACCACAACGGCCACAGCUCGCGCGGGGAACUCAUCUAUUCGUACCGCACAAACGCUACACAACUCUGCAUCGGCGCCUGCAACGCCAGCAGCUGGCAUAAUUCUGGGCCGACAAGCACGUGAGGUUUCGGCCGGACCUAGUGGCGGAGUUCCUAAGAGGGGCCCACGCAUCAACGGCGGAGCUGGCAGCGCCGCGACACCCACCAGCAAUCUGGCUAGACACUCGUCACUGGGACCUGGCACGCCCAAGGGACACACGGCUACUGGCUUGCAGAGAGCAGGUAGCGCCGGACCCAGAGCAUCCAGCAAGGGCGCGGCAGCGGCAUCGUCUGGACGGAAAGGAACACCGUCUUCUACGGGUGGGCGAAAGAAGACACCGGGGGCCUCUGGCGGCACUACGAAGUCGGGUCUGUCACGGGUGAAGCGCGUAGCAAAGAACUCGCCAUCUUCCAACGCCGACUCGGAGCUUUCCGACGACAUGUCGGCCAGUGGCGACGAAGUUAGGUCCCGCACUGGUACGCCCAGUGCCCCAACUUCGGUACCUUCCCGAAAGGAUGGAGGAGGUCAUGGUGAGGGACCAGCAUCGGGAGCCACGCUUCUUAAGAAGGAGCGGCACGGUUCGGACGAUGAUGAGGAGAUGGUCGACCUUGAGGACGAGGAAGCUGGCGACGACCGGAAGUACUGCCUGUGCCAAAACGUCAGUUUUGGCAAUAUGGUGGCCUAUCCAAAUGCUGCCGGUGGCCAUGAUAGCUGCUUGGCCACCAACCUGAAUAAAAACAAGUUCCCAGUUGAGGGCGCGUCGGCAGAGCCACAUUCUAUGCCUAUAGACGGACAUGCCAACUCACAGCGAACGGGCGGCCCUGAUGUCGUUAAGGCGCUUCGCCAUGGUGCCCCGCCUCCCCCGCGCUCCCACUCCCGGUUUCUGGAGACUGUAACUAUAGAGCUCAGUAACGAGGCUCACAGCGCAACCUAG